CUGCCCCACCUUCCUCCCCCGCGCCGCCUAGCCGCCACCUUCACCCACGCUGCCAGCCCACCUCCUUCCCCCACGCCAUCGCAACGCUAUCGCCCCGAUGCACCUCCGCCACGCACCACGCCGAUGUGGAGGAGCACCAGUGGGGGCAGUGAUUCACGACCAUCCAAGCUCGGGUGGAUGAGUGCUGGAUCUGUUCGCCUCCGGCCAUGAGCGCUGCAAUUUGGACGGCUGUGGAUUCACCCUCUCCCUAUACUCCUGGCCGGAUCCGCCCUAGGUUGGUCCAUCAAUGGCGGCUCACCACCGUGGCUCUCUCCCGUGCCUUCAGGGCCACUCCAUCGAGUUCAAAUUGUGCCACGAGGCUGCUCUCUAUCUGGGAGGAGCAGCACCUCCCCAUCAGAUUCGACAAGGGCCAUGGCGUCGUACAGUUCGGAUGGGGUUCUCGCCCCAUCCCACACCAUCCACCGCAAGGGGAGAAGGACGAGGAGCUCCACCACCAGCCCCUCUGCGCCCCAUGCAGUUUGCAGCGUGUGCGUGUGCAAGACGGUAGGCACGUCGAUGCAGUCCAUCCCUGGAUCCGACCGCAGAUGUCGGCCCCUCUGCACCUUGGUGCCCGGCACAGGCACCGACCGCAGCCCCACCCCCGUGCCACCUCCCUCAGCCCCGGAUCCACCAGCACCUCCCCCGGCCCACGGCAAGCCACGGUCGAGGGCGUUGCCCCGCGGAGCAGCUGCGGGGUUAGUGCGCCAUCAAAUCAAGUGUUGACAACCACGAGCAGUGAGAGGACCAUAGGAGGAAGAAAAGGACUGCAACCAUGUGCAGUACAUCACCCCGUGCGGGAUCCAUGCCAUGGUGAUUUUUUUGAGUCCGCGUUCUGUGCAGUGCAUUGCCAUGUUUUUGCAGUGCGUUCGCGUUUCCUUUUCAGGGAAGCACCAUCUAUUUUUCUGUGCAGUGCCUUGGCAUGUUUUUGCAGUGCUUUGGCAUGUUCUUUCCCAGGAAGCACCAUCUCUUUGUGUGACGAGUUUGUGUUUUCUUUGUAUGUUUAGUGCACUACAGUUUAGGGCACCUCAUGCGGUUCAGAAACAUGGGCUUGCAGUGCAUUAGCUCA